AUGUCAAUAUACUACGCAGUUGUAGCCAGGAAGACCACUAUCCUCACUAAAUGUGCUCAGUAUGUAGGCAACUUCGACGAGGUAACGAAUGAGAUCCUACGAAAGGUUGACAGAGAUGGGAAGUUAACAUACACUCAUGAGAAGUACCUAUUUCAUUACAUCGCUUCAGAUAUGAUAACAUAUCUGUGUAUAACCGAUGAGGAUUUUCCGAGGUCGAAAGCAUUUUCAUUUCUUGGUGACAUUAUGCAACGGUUUGAAAGACAAUACGGAACAACUGCUAAAACCGCACUCCCCUACGCUAUGGACAGUGACUUUAACAAAGUUCUCCAAAACCAGAUGAGGUACUACACUAACAACCCUGAAUCUGGAACCAUCUCCAAAGUUCAAAAUGAAAUCGACGAUUUAAAGCAGAUUAUGGUCAAAAACAUAGAUUCCUUGUCAGAGCGAGGGGAGAGGAUAGAACUGCUAGUGAACAAAGCAGAGGAUCUCACGAACCAGAGCACACAGUUCCAGCGUCAAAGUAGGGACCUGAGGCGCGCUAUGUUCUGGAAAAACGUUAAAAUGUACUUGCUUAUCGGCGGAAUAGGCUUUGCGAUAUUCUGGAUAAUACUGUCAAUAAGUUGUGGAGGCCUGGGCAUUCCAAAGUGUAGGUAAAGACGAGCUUGAUAUCAGAGUUUUUCCUAAAAACAAACUUUCUAAAGAAAAGUGGUUAAAGAAGAGUGGAGUAGAAUACAGGCUGAACAAUUGAAGAGUUCAUUUAAGUGAUAAACUUUGGAUGAUAUUUGACAUUAUCUAGUUCUGAAGUGACGUUUUAUUGUUUUACAUUUUCUGUUUGAUUGGGGUUAGCUUUAUUAAUAAGCCUACAAAGUUCUGAUAACUUAACACUGUUUUAUAUAGGACUCACAGUAAACAGUAAAGUGUAUAGUGUAUAUAUAUACACUAUACGCUUUACUGUGGGUCCUCCACAAUACUAUUGGCGCGGCUCUGAAUUAACACAUAACAUCAACGACUUAAAUAGUUGAGUGGACGAUGGAAAUCUACUGAAGUGGUGGAAGUAAUUUAUGGUUGCCAAUAGAUGUGGAGUCUGGUGGUGAAUUGUUGACACGUGAUCAAACAUGUGAUCCAACCAUAUAUGGGUAAUAUUUGUAGGUAAUCACUUUCUCAUAUCAAAUAAGAUAUAAUUAUAAUCAUUGAGGAGGUGUCCGAGGUGAAGCAUGUUUUGGUGACGUCACAGUUAUGACGUCAUAAUUAUGAUAUCACAAUUAUGACGUCACAGUUAUGCUUUACCUCUCCACCACAAUCCACAUCUAUGGGCGAUUUUUCGUGAGGAAAGUUUUCCAUUCGUUUUAAUCGACAAUUUUAGUGGAAAUUUGAAUUAAAAUUGUGAUCUUGUACAAAUGAAAUGUUAAAAGUUAUCCUGCUUGUUUAAAUGCAAUGAAAUCGAAAAAUGUAAAUCGACCUUUCGUUUAUUUUUUUUGAACUUGAAGAUCUAGAGAGUGGUUUGAAGUUUCGUCUUUUUAUUUGUAUAAUUGAAGGUGUACGUGUAACUUAAUCAACGGACUUUACUGAAGUUUAUUGAUUCUGGUGUCUUCUUGGAUUUUUACUUA